GGCCAUGGGCCGAGGGGUGCGCGUGCUGCUGCUGCUGGGCCUGCUGCACUGGGCCGGGGGCGGCGAGGGCAGGAAGACCUGGCGGCGCCGCGGCCAGCAGCCAGCCCCGCCGCCGCCCCCGCCGCGGGCCGAGGCGGCGACGGCGGCCGGGCAGCCGGUGGAGAGCUUCCCGCUGGACUUCACGGCCGUGGAAGGCAACAUGGACAGCUUCAUGGCGCAGGUCAAGAGCCUGGCACAGUCCCUGUACCCCUGCUCGGCGCAGCAGCUCAACGAGGACCUGCGCCUGCACCUCCUGCUCAACACGUCGGUGACUUGCAACGACGGCAGCUCGGCCGGCUACUACCUGAAGGAAUCCAAGGGCAGCCGGCGAUGGCUACUGUUUCUGGAAGGAGGCUGGUACUGCUUCAACCGGGAGAACUGCGACUCCCGAUAUGACACCAUGCGGCGCCUCAUGAGCUCCAAGGACUGGCCGCUCACUCGAACAGGCACGGGGAUCCUGUCCUCCCAGCCAGAGGAGAACCCCCACUGGUGGAACGCCAACAUGGUCUUCAUCCCCUACUGCUCCAGCGAUGUCUGGAGUGGGGCUUCAUCCAAGUCCGAGAAGAACGAGUACGCCUUCAUGGGCGCCCUCAUCAUCCAGGAGGUUGUGCGAGAGCUCCUGGGCAAAGGGUUGAGCGGGGCCAAGGUGCUGCUGCUGGCAGGGAGCAGCGCGGGGGGCACAGGAGUGCUGCUGAACGUGGACCGCGUGGCCGAGCAGCUGGAGGAGCUGGGCUAUCCAGCCAUCCAGGUGCGGGGCCUGGCUGACUCUGGCUGGUUCCUGGACAACAAGCAGUACCGCCGCACAGACUGCAUUGACACCAUCACCUGCGCGCCCACGGAGGCCAUCCGCCGGGGCAUCAGGUACUGGAAUGGGGUGGUCCCGGAGCGCUGUAGGCGCCAGUUCAAGGAGGGCGAGGAGUGGAACUGCUUCUUUGGCUACAAAGUCUACCCAACCCUGCGCUGCCCGGUGUUCGUGGUACAGUGGCUGUUUGACGAGGCCCAGCUGACUGUGGACAAUGUGCACCUCACGGGGCAGCCGGUGCAGGAGGGCCAGUGGCUGUACAUCCAAAACCUGGGCCGUGAGCUGCGGAACACACUCAAGGACGUGCCGGCCAGCUUUGCCCCUGCCUGCCUCUCCCAUGAGAUCAUCAUCCGAAGCCACUGGACAGACGUCCAGGUAAAGGGGACCUCACUGCCCCGGGCACUGCACUGCUGGGACAGAAGCCUCCACGACAGCCACAAGGCCAGCAAAGCGCCCCUGAAGGGCUGCCCCAUCCACCUGGUGGACAGCUGCCCCUGGCCCCACUGCAACCCCUCUUGCCCCACCAUCCGGGACCAGUUCACGGGGCAGGAGAUGAACGUGGCCCAGUUCCUGAUGCACAUGGGCUUCGACGUGCAGACAGUGGCACAGCAGCAGGGCCUGGAGCCCAGUAAACUGCUGGGGAUGCUGAGCAGCGGGAGCUAGGGCCCUGCCCAGGCCACCUCCCCUCCAGGCCCUCCUGCCCUCCUAGGGCAGCAGGGCCCCGGCCAUCCCCAUCCUGGGUCUGGAUGCCCUCCCCUGGCAGCCUUCACUGCCUCUUUCCCACUGCCUCUGGGAGGCCCAGCCUGAGAUGGACCCACCGUCAGCCCAGCUGUGGCCCUGGGUCCCCUCCCAUCCCUCCCUCCUGACCCCCGCCUCCAGCCCACAGUGGGGAGUCAGAAGCACUGGAUUCCUCAGCCCCCAGCCCAGAAAGGCCCCCCCCAGCCCAGCCCCCAGCCUCUCCUGCCCUUUUGUAUUAUUUUAUAAAGUGACUUUUUUUAUUACUUUAAUUUUUUAAAAAAGAAAAAUAAGCAAGAAAUAUAUAGUGAAUGAUAUUGUUUUGUAACAUAUUUUUU